CCGCAGACACCAACUGCACCGCAGUGCUGCGCCGUCACUCAACCAGGACGGUUAUUUUAAGCUAAUUAGUUAAAUAGUUCGUAGUAAACAAAUACUAAAACUUAAUUAUGUCGAACAAGGAGUAUUUUGUUUUGGAGAACGGCGAUCGGAUGCCUCGCAUCGGUUUUGGAACAUGGCAAGCCUCCGAUGACGUGCUAGAGAAGGCCGUGGAGGCGGCUCUAGCGGCCGGCUACCGGCACAUAGACACAGCGCGCGCGUACGAGAACGAAGCUGCUUUGGGCCGCGCGCUCAACCGCUGGAUCGGAGGAGACCCGGCCCGGAGGAAGGAGCUGUUCGUGGUCACUAAGCUACCACCUGGAGGCAACCGACCCGACCUAGUCCAAGAGUACUUCGACGCGUCGCUCCGGGACCUAGGCCUGGAUUAUGUGGACCUGUACCUCAUGCACACGCCCUUCGCCUUCGAGCACGUGCCGGGAGACCUGCACCCUGCGAACCCCGACGGGACCAUGCGAGCGGACCUCACCACCGACCUCGUCGCUGUUUGGAAGGCAAUACUGAAGCUGAAGGAGUCUGGUCGCGUGAAGCACGUGGGAGUGUCAAACUUGAAUGAGGAGCAGCUGGAGCGACUGACGCGCGUGGCCAAGCCAAGUUGCCUGCAGGUGGAGGUGCACGCGCUGUGCCAGCAAAAGUCGCUGGUCGCAGCAGCCAACAAGCUGGGCGUGCCCGUAGUGGCCUACUCGCCGCUUGGUUCGAAGGCCCUGGCCGAUUCCCUCGCCGCCAAAACUGGCCGCGAGUACCCCGACCUACUCCAGCUAGAAGCUGUGAAGCGCGCGGCGAAGGCGCACGGCCGCACUCCCGCGCAGAUCCUGCUGCGGCACCUACUGCAGCGCGGGCUCGCGGCCAUACCUAAGAGCACCAACCCCGAGCGUAUCAAACAGAACUUCACUUUAUGGGAUUUCGAGCUGAGCGACAGUGAGAUGGAGGAGCUAGGCGCCCUAGACCGGGGGGAGGACGGUCGCAUCUGCGACUUUUCCUUCUUCCGCGGCAUCGAGAAACAUCCCGAGUUCCCGUUCAAGAAGUAACCAACAAGAAGUGUUUGUCGCCUCGACUGUACUUGUUCAUUAGCCCAUUGGUUUAAAAGAAAUGCGAGUCAUAAUAUGUUUCAAGCAAAAUAUACAAAAUGUCCACAAUA